AUGGACAGAUUUGUGAAUUCAAUGGGUAAGUACUCAACGAGACCUCAGAUCUACUACCACAAUGAAGACUAUUUCAUUAUACGAUUCAGUAGUAUUGAGGAAAGGGACCAAGUUUUGUACUCAGGACCACAUACAAUCAAUAAUCGACCAAUAAUUAUGAAGGCAUGGUCGGAGGAGUUCAAUCUACAUGAUGAAGUUCUAAAGACAAUCCCAUUAUGGGUUAAGUUGCCCAAUUUACCCAUUAAUUGGUGGAGUAUGACUGCAUUAAGCAAAAUAGGAAGUGCCCUAGGUAAUCCUAUUUGUGCUGAUGAAUGUACGACUGGAGCAGUAAGGAUCUCAUAUGCUCGAUUACUAGUAGAAAUGGAUAUUACUAAGCCCCUUGCAAGACAGGUGAAAUUACAGGAUCCUAAAGGGAAGGAGAUGAUGCAGGAGGUGGAGUAUGACUGGGAACCUAAAUACUGCAGUAAGUGUUUGAAAAUAGAUCAUGACUGUGCUGAAAACAGGAAGCCAAUGCAACAACAAAGAAAUAUGCAGCAGAAGAAGGCUACUAAGGGUAGAAUGAUAUGGGUUAGAGCAGAUAAAGUAGAAGGAAAUGAGAAUAAGGAGAAAGAUCAGACAAAAGAAAGCUCAGGACAUCAAAGGACUGAGCCAGAUCAAGGGAGAGAUGGAAUGCAAAACAAGGAAGCAGGUUGGAUCACAGUAGCAGGCAAAUCAGCAGCAAGAGCAACCACAGCUGAGCAACAAGAAGUUCACAGUAUUGAUGAACUUAAUGCUUUCCAGAGUUUGAUUUAUGAUCAAAGAAGUGAAGUAGCAGAAUUUAUGAAUAAAACGUAUAAGCAGAAAGAAGUAAAGGGUUUUAUUAGAAUAAAUAAUAAAGCUGUAAUAGCUAUAGUUGAACACAGAGUUAAAGACUUGAAAGCCAAUAAAAUAAUCAAAAAGAUAGCUCCAGGACGGGAAUGGGUUUCUAAUGCUAGAACAGGACAAAAAGGAAGAAUAUGGGUAGUAUGGGAUCCUAGAAUAUACAUAUUUGAUCCCAGUGAAAUAGAUGAUCAACUUAUUCAUGGGCAGAUUAGCAUGAAGUCAAAGCCAGUUAAGCUUGGUUUUACAGCAGUAUAUGGGCUACAUACCAUCAAAGAUAAGAGAACUAUGUGGGAUAAGCUGAGGCAGAUUAAUAGCAAUCAACAGGGUCCCUGGCUUGCAAUGGGUGAUUACAAUGCAGUACUUUAUGUAACACAUAGACAGCAUGGAUCAGAAGUGCAGGACAUGGAAGUGAAAGACUUUAAGGAGUAUAUGAUGGAUACAGGUAUGAGUGAACUACAGUAUGUGGGAAGGGGAUAUACAUGGACAAAUAACCAUACAUAUAGUAGGAUAGACAGGGGGCUGGUGAACACUGAGUGGAUGAUGACAAUGCCUAGCUUGAAAAUUCAGGUAUUAGAGCCACUAAUAUCUGACCAUUUUCCUCUGAAGCUGAUGAUCACACAGGGGCAUACAAAGAGAAGCAGACCAUUCAGAUUUUUUAACUGUAUUACUGAUCACCCUCUCUUUAUCCAAUAA